AUUAUAUAAUCUCCCAAAUUCAGUAUUGGGUAUGAAUGGCAAUGGUUAAUUGCUUUUGGUUCUUACUAUCAAUACAACAACUGGAAGUGGUAUAUGUUCCUCCCUCGGUUGGUUCACUUGUGGUAUUUGAUAAUCAUGAUACAACUAUUAAAGAUCUUAUUCUUCAUCGUUCUUUUUAUGACUUUAUUCAUCCCGAAGAAUUCACUAUGGCUAAACAUGACUUAUCUGCAUUUUUAAGGAGAAAACCAUUGGCUGGUGCGAUUACAAGAUGUCAGUUAAGAUCUUUUCCUUCUAUUGCUAAAAAUCUAUAUCCUUAUGAAUUUGAAGAUGAAAAUGUUGAUCAAGCAACUACUUGGAAUAUUGUGGAUGUUGUGAUGUAUAUUGUGACUGAACACAUGGUAUUAACCUUUUUUCAUCAAGAUCCUUCUCCUGCAAAUGCAUUAGUAAAUUAUCAAAAACGUGUCACAUGUGGUGAAUCUUUUUAUUAUUCAAAGGAUAUUGCUCUCUUAUUGUCUACUUUAGAAAAUCAUCAACCUCAAAGUACAUUGUCUACUAUUACAAUAUCAACAAAUGAUUUGAACAACGGAUCCAGUGUAGAUGUAACAAAGGAAAGGGUCUUUCAAAUUUAUGAUCAAGCAACUAAACAACGUUUAUUAUCCUGGCCUCCUUCUGAUGUGCAUUUCAACGUGGAUGAUCCUUAUUUAUCGGCAGCAUCAGAAUCAACAACACUAACUACUACAAAACCAUCACAACUACAACAAGAAAAAGAACAUAUCAAUACUUCAUCAUGUAUGCAACUUACCCAUAGUCAUUCUCGUUUACUUCAUUCAACUUCAUCAUUCAACUCGCAUACUUCUUCUGAUUGUCGACUAGAACGUAUUGUCAUUUCGUAUGGAUCUAUUCUUUUUUGUUCCUUUCAAAUCGACUUUUCAGAACCAUCAUCAUCGUCAACAAUAACAGCAGCAUCAACAUCAUCUAUAUCUACAACUGUGGCAACAGGAAUGAUUGUAGAAAAACAAUUGAACCAGUAUCAUUUGUAUAAAAAAGACAAGGAUAGACAAGCGGUAGUACCAAGUUCAUCUCUUCAAAAAACACCUAUACCCUCUACUCAUAGAAACAAUUUGGUCUCAUCAGCAAUGACCAUCCAAUGUCAUCCUACUCAAAAUUCAUCAUCUUCAACUCAACGACAAGAAAAACAAAAGAAAAGAUGUGUACGAUGUGGAACAAUCAAUAGUCCUGAAUGGCGUCGAGGACCAACUGGACAUAAAACGUAAAAUUGAAUAAGUAUAAUAAAAAAAUUAACUAUAGCGAUAUAUUUCUUUAUUAUAGAUUAUGCAAUGCUUGUGGACUGCGGUAUUCUAGACUCAUGUCAAAACAACAACUACGUCAAGCUUCAAGAAUGGGAAACAAUAAAGUUGAAUCAAGGCGUUAAUCUAUGGGAACCAACCAAACGUUCAAGAUUUUGACAUAUCCAUAUUGGGACUUUUUUUUUGAAAUGCCGUCG